AUGAAAGCUAACGUCAUAGCAACUAAAUUUAUUGAAACUUAUGAACAACCGAGAACAACAAAACCUGCCUUCAUCCACGUAAUUGCUUCACAUGAUCAUUAUACUGUUCAAAUCAACACCGAAGGCCUGCUAGGAGCUCAGGACACGUCAAACCGAGAUGUUUUCUUCACAUCAAGGCCACCGGAAGAAAGAGAAUUCGUUGAAGCGCUCGUAGCGUAA